UCUCUUUUCUUUUACUGGGUUUCUGUGAUCAGUGAUAAUCUGAUUAAAUUUUCUGGGAAACUCAAGUAAUGGAACGGGGAAAAGACUUGGUGAGAUUGGUGUUUUCUUGGUCACUUGAGGAUGUACUCAACAAUUAUCUUUAUAGAGACAAGGUGAAGCAAAUUCCAAGGACAUUCUUGUCAGGAAGUCACUAUCUGAACUCAUUUAUUUUGCCCCUUAUUGAGGAAACUCGUACAGAUUUGUGCUCAAGCAUUAAGAUGGUAUCAGAAGCUCCAGCAUGUGAAAUAACUGACAUUGAUUUUUCUGAAGAUUAUAAUCCUCCAAAUGAUUUGUUAUACAAGCUUGAAAUGAAAACAUCAAUAGAUAGUGAUAAAAAAGGGGAUAAUUAUGAGCCAGAGACUGGACAGCUUAUUGCUUUGACUGAGAUCAGGCCAAAAUGCAUUAAUGAUUUGAACAAGCCUGGAAAUCCCUAUUUUAUUGCUUUAAUUAAAAGGGUAAGAAAGAAAGAAAAGAAUGAUAUUUAUGAGGUUCAAAUUCUAGCAUCAAAGCCCGUUAAAUUCGAAGUAUACUUGCAAAAGGAUGACACAUAUAUAUAUGGUUUUGCUGUCUAUCUUUGUAACAUUACAACAACCAUGCAUAUAUGGAAUGCACUGAACUCAGAUCCAGAUGGUCCAGGCAUCCAUAUCGUCAAGCAACUGCUCCAACCUGAUUCUUCUGUUGGAGAAAACUGUUCUCAAUGUUUCUCUGGUGAAAGGUACACUAUUGAUGUAUCAAAUCUUGGUGCUGUGAUCCGCUCAUUUGAUUUGAACAAAUCUCAACAAGAAGGAGUUUUAAGUUGUAUAGCUGCAAGGGAAUGUUCUCACAAAAAUACUGUGAAAUUGAUUUGGGGCCCUCCAGGGACAGGGAAAACAAAAACAGUUAGUGCAUUAUUAUUUGCCCUCCUCAAAAGGAAAUGCAGAACACUUACGUGUGCCCCAACUAAUGUGGCAGUACUGGAAGUGGCAUCUCGGUUUCUUAGGCUUGUAAUGGAGUCCCUUGAUUAUCACACUUAUGGUCUUGGAGACAUAGUAUUAUUUGGUAACAGAAUACGAAUGAGGAUUGACAAUUGUGAUGAUCUUCUUGAUAUAUUUCUUGAUUACCGUGCAAAUAUUCUUUCCAAGUGCUUUGCGCCUUUGUCUGGUUGGAAACAUCAUUUAGAGCUGAUGAUAUGGUUACUUGAAAACCCAGAAAAACAGUAUCAUGAGUAUUUAAAUUGUAAGGAAAAGAGGGAUUAUAAGAUAGAUGAUGAUGAUUGUCUGAAAGAAGAGACAGAACUACUUGCAAUUGCAAGCAAACAAACAAAUCAAGAGAAAAAGGAUAUCUAUUCCCAGGAUCUAAAAAUUGGUAGGCAAAAUGAGUGGAAGAGGAUAGUUCAUAAAACUUUAAGAGAAAACAGGUUGUUUUUUAAGGAGGGAAACAAAAGUGAAUAUAAUAAACAUGAGAAGGAAUUUAUUUUUAAGAAGAACAAAAUACAAAAAUUGACAUUUCAUGAGUUUGUCAAGAAAGAACUGAAUUCGAUCAGGAGGAAGAUGAGGACAUUCACUGUGGAUAUGUGCACUCAUUUGCCAACUUCUUUUAUUUCAUUAAGAGUGGUGAAAAGUUUAUUUGAAUGUCUUGAUUGGCUCAAAGUCCUUGCGAUGGUGCUAUCAAAUAAUUCCAUUACUGAUCAAGGACUCAAACUUGCCCUUGCUACAUCCUAUGUUGAUGAAAGUAGAGUUAGUUACUGUACUUGGCAGUCUGAGCUGGGUCUGACCAGGAAAGAAUGCCUUAAAAUACUGAAAUCACUUCAAGAUGUGUUGAUUCUUCCUGAUUUUUUUGAUCAAUAUUCAAUUAAAAGAUUUUGUUUGAGAAGAUCUCGCAUGAUUUUUUGUACUACUUCAAGCUCUGCUAGAUUGCAUGCAGAAGGACUUGAUAGACUAGAAAUGUUAGUUGUUGAUGAAGCUGCCCAACUCAAAGAAUGUGAGUCAAAUAUACCUUUACAACUUCCCGAUCUUCGCCAUGUUGUACUUAUUGGAGAUGAGAAACAAUUGCCUGCACUAGUCAAAAGUGAGAUUUCUGAUAAGGCAGGAUUUGGGAGAAGUUUGUUUGAAAGGCUGGUUCUUUUGGGUCAUAAAAGACACCUUCUCAAUGUUCAAUAUAGAAUGCAUCCAUCCAUUAGCUUGUUUCCAAAUAUGGAGUUUUAUGACAAACAGAUUUUGGAUUCUCCAAGUGUCAAAGAAAGAAGCUAUGAGAAACAUUUUCUACAUGGAGAUAUGUUUAAGUUCUACUCUUUCAUAAAUGUUGCUUUCGGACAAGAUGAACUUGACGAAGGGAAUAGCCGAAAAAAUAUGGUGGAAGUAGCUGUGGUAUCUGAGAUUGUUCUUGACCUUUUUAAAGAAUCAACUUCCAGAAAACAGACUGUUAGUGUUGGUGUUAUAUCACCAUAUAAAGCUCAAGUUGUUGCCAUCGAAGAUGCACUUAAAAAAAGGUUUGGUGAUGAUGUUGACAAUGAUUUUUCCGUGAAGGUUUCCACUGUUGAUGGUUUCCAAGGUGGCGAAGAGGAUGUGAUCAUAAUAUCCACUGUCAGAUAUAAUGACAUGGGAUCCGUGGGAUUUAUUUCUAAUUUUCAAAGAACUAAUGUUGCUCUAACGAGAGCAAGGUAUUGCCUUUGGAUAGUAGGAAAUGGUGAAACUUUGAUGCAUAGUGGCUCCAUUUGGGAGAGAUUAGUCCUUGAUGCUAUGGCUCGAGGGUGUUAUCAUAAUGCUGAUGAGGAUGAGAGGUUGUCUCAUGCUAUUGCAACUGCCAUGAUUGAGCUUGGUCAACUUGGUGAUCUAUUGGAUAUGAAUUCUAUGUUCUUUAGAAAAGCAAGAUGGAAGGUUUUCUUCAAUCAAAGUUUUAUGAUCUCUUUGGCACGAAUCAAGAGCACUGAGGUUUGCAAGAAAAUAUUUUCCCUGCUGGUGCAACUUUCAAGUGGUUGGCGUCAGCCUCACCAGGUGAUAAAUGUUGGAGUUGUAGAUGAUACUUCUUCCCAAUUGCUGGAGCUGUAUAAGGUCAAUGAGUUUCUUUAUCUUGUAUGGACCAUAGAUGUUCUUGAAGAGAACUCAAAUUAUGUUCAGUUUUUGAAGAUUUGGGAUGUUUUGCCAUUGUCUGAGGUAUCCAAGAUUGCAAGAGAUAUUGACAUCUGGUACAGGAAUUAUUCUGUUGAUAUUCUUAGGGGCUGCAGAAUUAGGUGUUCUGAUGGGAAUCUUGAAGUACCAAUGAUAUGGUUAGCUGGUUCAAAUUAUCCAACCAAUUAUAAUCUGCCACAAGCUGAUCCUGUGCAGUUUCUUUGUAACCAAUUUGCUUUGCUCAGACUGAGGGAUGUUUAGGCUAGAAUCAAUAGUAUAUUACUAUACCUCCUUUGAAUUUUGUUUCUAUUACACAAACCUCUCCUCUGUUUACGAAAAUAUAUAUAUAUAUAUAUAUAUAUAUAAGAAUUCAAGAGAGGUGCAUGUAGGUUUUUCAAUGCAUAUUUUUACAGUUUAAGGGAGGUUUGUGUUGAUUUUAAAAUAGAGAAGAGGUUAGUGUAGUGCAAGUAAAAUACAAGGGAGGUCAAAGUAAUUUACUCUCAAAUUUAAUCAGCCAAAAGUUACAGGUAAGUUUUGUUUUUGCCUUUUUGAGACUUUAAUGUCAUGGCCAUGUCUUAUUGUAUAUUUUAUUUUUGUUGUUAUAAUUCUAAAUUCCUAAGUAAGCCUUUCCUUUUGUUAACAAAUGAGAUAUUGACUUGAGUUUCUUUCUCACUUUUUAUGUCCAUCUUAAAACUUACCAAUGAAUCAACAUUGGAUUUUCAUUGUAGGUUCAACCCAAGAUUCCAACUGGAUAUGAUAAAGAUGAAGCAAUAUGGUAUGUCAAACCUGGAUUUGUUUUGAUGAUUUUGGAGGGUCUUCUCAGUAUCAUAUCAUUUACCAUAUAUAUUGACUUUCUCCUUUCCACCACCCACUUUCUGAAAUUGUCUUUUGAUGGUCAUUAGUUAUACUCAUCAAGAGAAGUGAUAUUUUCUGUAGAUAUGGAUAUUUGAAAAGUAUAAAGUGUACAAAAUCAGGCAUGAGGUUGGUGCAAGGGAUGAUCUUUCUGCAACAUUACUAGCUGAAAGUUGCUAAUAUAUAG